CACGCUCCAGGCAGCCGGCGGGCUCAGGCCUCUGUUGUGUGCGGAGAGCCGAGUGCAGUUUGAGUCCGGCUGGUGGGAGGCGCUGUCGGUUGGAGUGGGCAGUGACAACUGACUGGGUGCUAGUGGGUGGCCUUCACAAGGCGGCGCGAGGCAAGGGAUACGGAAACGCGUUUCGAACGACAGCUGGACGGAGUGUUUAUUAUUUUUAUAUAUUACUGUAACAGUUAGCCUACAGCUGCACGGUGUCUCCACUCCUGCUGGUCAGAAAACAUCCAAGAUUUUCAAGAUGGCGGACGUGUCUCAUCCAAAAUGGCGGCCGAGGUGAAGUUCAAAGUCAAAGCUCCAUUCCAGAGGCCUGCCGCCAGCGCGGAGCGGCGGUGUGACAUGACAGCUGGCCGCGCCGCCGUCACGUCACGUCCACCCGGUGACGUCGCACCAGCCAGCACGCAGAUGACUUUGUGACGCCGCGGACGAGCUCGCCGAUGGACGCAGCGGGCAGCGGGGGCGGCCAGGCGCCGGACGGGGACAGAACCGUCAUCAGCGUCUCCGUGGGCGACUGCGAACCGCCCGGCGGCUGCGGGGAAGGCAGCGACAGCGGGGUCGAGCUGAACGGCGGGCCGGAGUCCUUCGUGGCCUUCCGGAGGGGCCUGAGCGUCAACAGCGGCGGCUACGCCAGCAGCUGCGGUGGCUUGGACGACUCGAGCGCCACGCCGGCGCAGUCGUGCGACUCGAGCCUCAUCAGCUACUCGACGUGCGAGGAUGCGGAGGACGUGCCCACCAGCUCCACGCUGGUGCUCCCCGCCGGCGGGGACGGCACCGGCAGCGAGAGCUCGUCCGUCGCGGGCGGCGGCAAGAGGCGGGCGGAGCCCUCGGGCGCCCAGAAGCCGGCGGCGGCGGGCAAGGGCCCCGCGGCGAGGGCACGCGCCCCGGGCGUGUCGCCCAGGACCGCGGCGGGCGCGACCACCCGGCGCGACAAGGUCUCGCCCGCGCCCUCCAGGUCUGCGGGGGGCAGCAGGGCCCCGGUGACCCGCGCCGCGGUCCCCAAGGCCGCGGCCGACAGCAGCGGGGCCGCCGCGAGGAGGAGGGCCCAGGCGGCGGGCGACGACGGGCGCUGGCCGUCCACCGCCAGGUCGCGGCCGGCGCCGACGAGGCCGCGCGGCGGGAGCGUGGAGAGCCAGCCGGCGAGGCCCGCGGUGUCCAGCACCACCAGCAGCGGCGGCGCGGGCGCCAUGGAGAGCAAGUCCAGCGCGCUGGACAAGUACGCGACCCUCCCCCGCCGCGGGAGGCGCCAGUCGCCCGACCCGCCGGCGCGCGGCCUGUCCGUGAGCCGCGACUCGAGCCUGAACCGCGCGGCGAGCCUGCGCAGGCAGCACGUGGCGGGCGGCGCCGCGAGGUCGCUGCCGCCCUACCCGCGGCGCCGCUCGCACCAGAGGACCCGCAUCUUCCACGAGACGGGCGUGCAGACGGCGCUGACGGGCCGCGACGUGGAGCAGGCGCUGGCCGGGGUCGGCAUCAGGGAGCGCACCCCGCUGCGCGAGCCGGCCCUCGACCGGGACGUGCAGGUUGAUCUUCGUGAUGAAGAGAUAGAGCGGUUGGAAUCUCGGCUGAAAGAGCUGGGGAAAACUCACGCCCAGUUAGAACUUGACUUCCAGCGUCAAGGAGGAGAGCUGGGCGUUGUGCAAGAGAAAUUAUCGGAGGAGAAAGAGGGGCGACUUGGGGAGAAGGCAAGAUUGGAGGACAUAGAGCACAGGCUUGGUGUAGUUCUCUGUUCUGUCAAAGGCAGCCACUACACAGCAGAGCUUAGUAGAAGUAACUAUUUACAAGAACUGGAGAAUCACAUACUUUCAUCUAGCAACAUAAUUGUAAAACAGCAGAGAGAAAUUAAUGAACUGCAAGCUCGCUGUAGGACUCUUCAGAGGGACUUGGAGAAGAGUCUGGCAGCACAGAAGAUGCUGCUGCAGCAGCAACAGGAGAAUGACUUUGAGUCGAUGGAGCUCCAGGACUUCCUGCAAGCUGAGAAAUCCACACUCUCGGAGGCUCUGCGCGAAGCGGAAGUGGAGAUUACCCACCAAAAGCAGCUAGUACAGCAACGGAAGAAUGAUCUCGAGCAACAGCAAGAAGAGUGCAAACAUCUUGUCCGUAUAAGUGAGCAAAGAAGGCAGGAGAACCUGGCGCUGCAGGCCCGCCUCGGCAGCCUGGAGAGACGCAGCCGCGACCUACUGCUGCAGCAGGGCGCCGCCGUGUCGGGGGCCGCCGUCGCCCUCUCGGGGCUCGGCUCGCGGCUCGAGAGCCUCGUCGACCAGCUCGUCGCCUCCUACGACAUCUCCGACAAGGACCUGGAGGAUGUGAUCUUUCACAAUGAAGCGUAUAGUAAGAGCAAUAGUAGUGUGGAAGCAAGUCCGGAGAAGUCGUCCAGCUCUAGGACUUCGGAACCAAAGUGUUCCUCACAUCAGCUGUUGUCUCCCAAGAGAGGCAGCUCCUUCGUUACUGCCGUGAUAAGUGCCAUUCAGUCUUCAUUCACAGAUAAAUUACUCGUGUGCCCCAACAAUAGAGAACAAGAAUCUUCUAUUCCAACUCAGACAGACUCCAGCCCCGACGGAGACGACCUGCUGGAGCUGGAGAGGGACCCGUGCGCUGCGGCGAGCGAGGAGGAGGAGGCGGAGGAGGAGGGCGGCCCCGGCCUGGGACUGGCGGACCGGGAGUCGCUGCACAACCUCUCCCGGGCCAUCGCGAGCCGGCAGCGGUGCGAGCGGGGCGGCGGCGAGCGCGGGGUCCCGGGCGCGGGGCUGCUCUCCCCCGCCGAGGACUUCCUGCCCACCCUCACGCUGGUGGACCAGGUCAUCGACGUCGACAACUUGGUCACCAAGCUGCUCAAGGUGCUGCGCAUCGUCCAGCUGGAGAGCGACUCCUGCGUCGAGGAGCUCCGCGACGAGAGGACGCAGCUGGCGGAGCGGGCGCGGCGGGAGCAGGAGGCGGCGCGCGGCUGGGAGGACCUCGGCGCGCGGCUGCGCGGGGAGCUGCAGGAGGCCAGGCAGCAGCUGCAGCUGCGGGUCCUGGACCUGGAGGAGACGCGCGCCCAGCUGCACGCGCACCGCCAGCUGGUCGAGAGCCUGAGUCAGGACAUCAACAAGAUGAAGUCGACGCAGCAGAACGCUGAGCUUCAACUGCGCCAGCGCGAGCAGGAAGCGGAGAGCGCGCUGGAGCUGUGGCAGAGAACAGGGGAGCUGCCUUCUCCCGACGUGCUUGCCAGGAUCAUCACUGCUAAGGAUGAGAUCCCGGCACUCAAGGAGAGGCUGCAGGCCAAGGACCAGGAGCUGAGGGAGUUGGGCCAGCGGCUGUCUGCCAGCAAGCAGAUGCUGACUGAGAACUGGCACCAGGCGGAGAUGGAGGUCCGGCGGCAGUACGAGGCCAUCGACGCCGCGCUCGAGACACUGCACAGCAUCCAGUCGGUGGUGGUGCAGUGCCCGCCCCUGGCCAGGCUCCAGCGAGACCUGGAGGAGGCCAACUUCCACUGCGCGUCGUCGGUCCCCAUCGCAGCGCCCGACCUGAACGCCAACGCCCCGCUGGCAGGCCUGGGCGGCAUGCACAACGGCUCCACGGGCCUCGCGCACAAGCACACCAUCAACGGAACCGUCUAGCUGGGAACCUGUGUGCAGUAGAGUCCCGCUAAUCCGGACCACGCUCGUACGGACGUCUAUUGAUCAGGACAGGAUUUAAAAAAGAAAAUAAAACUUAAGUUUGUUUUGUUAAUCCUACAUCAGUUUGUAGGUUAAAAAUUUAGUUCUGCAUAUACAGUAGUAUUAAAACUAAAAUCAAGCUGUAGGAAAGGUCGAAUUUAUGAGGAAAAGAAAUAUUUUUAUAAAACUUUAUAAUUACGUUUCAUCCUGACUUUCUGAGAUCAUCCGUUCAGGUCCCGCUCUAAUCUAGUCCUGGUUAGUGUGACACUGCUAUAUUAAAAAAGUGAAUACAUGAAGCAGUGGAUGAAGCAGUGGUGAUAGCCCGGGGUUGGGGUGACCAAUUUUGACAAACUGCUGGCUUUUAAGCAGAACUGACGGAAGCACCACACAUCGUGUGUGCCUGCAAUGGAGAAUGUUACAUCAGCACUGCCUUUCCUAAAAAAAAGUCUCCAGCCAGCGUGAACAAACAUUUUUUUUUCAAAGCUGAUGGACUGAGCUUGCUUCCAGCAUUUUCGUAUAUUCCUAAAAUAUUUUUUUACUGUACUGUAUGCAUGAAGUGAUCAAAAUGAUACAUAUGUACAUGGUAUGAACAUAGUAGCCAUACUAGAAGUUAGACAUUAACAUAAAAACAGAACGGCUUUUAGUUUCUUUACUUUUUCUCUCUUGUAUAACAAGCCAUUAGGUGAGCAGUAUUUGAAAAGUAGUGGCGUAUGGUAUUUUGAAGUGUAUCUUUUUUAUUGUUACUUUUGUAUUACUUAUUUAACUUUAUUGUUCUAGUAUAGAAUAGGUUAUUUUCUUUUAAAAAUCAGUUUUUUGUAUGAAAUUGUAGUUUCUUCAUUAUUAAAACUAGGCUUCUAUCAUAGUUUGUAAAUGAUUGCCAAACAACGGCAAAUGAAAAUGGAAUUUGUUUUUCGUUAACAAUAGGAAGGGAAACAUUUGUCGGAUUAAAAUAUUUUCCCCAUUAGCAUAUCAGUGAACCUGUUUAACUAACUAAUACGUUUAAUUAAAAUGAAAAUUGUAUUUUUGAACAUGCACUGAAAGAAAAUGUUUUAAUAGCAGUCUGUGGCUGCUAACAGAAAGCAGUCUGUUAUAUUGAAGGUAGUAAUUCCAAUUGUGAAGAUCCAGCAGGCCUAUUGUAUGAAGUAUGCAAUGUGAUCUUAGUUGUACAUAAUUAAAUAUGAAGUUGAUAUAAA